CCUCUCCCUUCCGUUCUAUAUAUAGACUGCAUUGUUCAGUUUCAUCUGUCUCUGUUUAUCUCAGAACCAAAUCUCUUGUUCCUCAACCAUGGAGGUAGCUAUACCCAGCAGACCGACGUUAGAUUUCGACUUCAACAGCGCUCGAUCUUCGCCUUGUGUAACUGCUCCUUCAACUCCGAGACGCUUUGGCGACUACAGUUUCUUGAGUGCUCCAACCAGUCCGUCUCGAAUAUCCGAGUUUUACAGAGAGUUUGAUGAGUUCUCCGUGGUCAGUAGUAACUGGGAAGAAGAAGAUGAAAGUGAACUUGCAGCACCACCCAAAUCACCAAAAGCAGACGACUUCGCCUUUGAUGUUGGUGAGGAGGUAGAUAGAGUUUCUCUCUCAGCUGAAGAGCUCUUCGAUGGCGGCGUCAUAAGACCUAUGAAGCCUACUCCACCUCCUCAAUCAACAAAGAAGAUGAAUAUUUGUCAAUCUCUUUCGCCCAGAAGGAGGAAAGAUAGAGAUCAGAAUGGAUAUGAAUUGCAUAAUUCGACAGGAAUGGAAACUCCCCAGAAGAGAUCAACUGGUUCUUCACAGCAAGGAAGAGGAAGAGAGAGAGCUCCCGCACCCUUGUCUUCUUCGAGCCGCAGAGCUUCAAGAUCACUAUCUCCUUUGAGGGUCUCAGAGUUUAACUGGGCAAAAGAAGAAGAAGAGCUCAAACGACAGCAAGCAGCGGCAAAGAGCGAGAACAAGCAACUAGCUACAAAGGGUUCAUUAAUUUCAUCAGCUACUGCUGCUCUAAAUAGUUAUAAGGCUUCAAGAAAAUGGAGGCUGAAAGAUUUUCUGUUGUUUCGGAGCGCCUCAGAGGGCAGAGCAACAGAUAAAGAUCCCUUCAGCAAGUUCUCGAAUCGGAAAAAUGAGCUUGUGAAGACUGCCAGCUCCAGCUUCAAAUCCAUAGACAGCCCGGCCUCUGUUUCGAGUUCAAGAAGAAGAGGACCUUCAGCACAUGAGUUGCAUUACACUGUGAACAAGGCAGUGUCCGAGGACAUGAAGAAGAAGACAUUCUUGCCUUACAAACAAGGCAUUCUGGGAAGAUUGGCUUUUAAUCCUGCUGUUCAUUCUCUAGCUACUGGAUUUGGAACUCUUUCUAAGUCCUGAAUCCUCAGAUCGAGUCUGCUAUUUUAUUUGUUUAUUGAUAAAACACAUUCUGGAUUUAUUUUUUGUUGUAAAGUUGUACUCUUUUAGUAGGUGUAGAGUUCAUACUGGAGUGGUGUGCAAUGAAAGACAAAACAAUCAAAGCUUGAUUGCCCCCAUUACUGCUUAUACACAGAUACAGUAUAAUCUUUCUGUACUAUGAUCUCAAAGUCUGCCUUUGUAAAUUAUACUUAAAAGCAUAGAAGCUUAUCAAUCCCAGAUUCAAUUUUUUUUUUGUUCA